UUAGAAAGAAAAAUAAGAUUUCUUGAAAGUUCAAUACUCCAACUGUUUUAAUGAACUUCAUGAAUUAAUGAACAAUUUCCUUAAAAUCACAAGGUAAAAAGCUUGCUAUUUUCUAAGGGAGAGACUCGGUUAAGACCUUGCCCUAUACUAAAGGCCCUGCACAUUUAAUCCGACCACUUAAGAAUUCUCAUUAGUUAAAAACUCAAAUUUGGCAGACUAUUGCUAUUGGCCGGGGUCAUUGUGAGGAUCUUUUUGGUGAUGCAACCUGACCGCAGGGUUGUCUCGCAGGAAAGCCUCUCAUUGGAUUUACUCCGGCCAAUCCUGUGGCAAGGCUGAAGCUUGAUUUACAAAAAAGGAAAAGGAGAAUUUCUCUUUGUUUUAAAGAUCAGGUGGCAUUUAUUUUCAAUAACCAGCCGAAGAAGCAGAAUCAACUUGUGAAAUGGCUCGAGAUGGAAUGUCCAGAGAGGAAUAUGAGGAAUAUCAGAAACAGAUGGUGGAGGAAAAGAUGGAAAGAGAUGCAGAAUUUGCAACUAAAAAGGCAGAGAGGGCUUGUUUGAGGACGUGUUUGAGAGACAAAUACAGACUUCCAAAGAGUGAACAGGAUGAGAUAAUGAUCCAGCAGGCUGGAGAUGAUGUUGAUGUUCCCGAGGAACUGAUUAAGAUGGUAGAUGGAGACGCUCCACAGGAGGAGGAGAAGACAUCCAUGAUGGAGAACCUUCAGAGCAUGGACAUGGAGCAGCUGAAGGAAAAAGCUCAAGCCACAUUUGUGGAGAUGAAAUCCAAAGCUGAGGAAAAGUGCACUAUUAUGUGACAAGUUCACGAGGUGCUUUUAUAAGUAUUGCAUGUUGCCUAAUUUCAGAGAGACGUGAACUUGUAUACAUUUUACCCCGUUGAAUGAUUUUAAUCUAAUUGGCAUUGGCUUGCUCACUGAGUAAUGAUGAAGUACUGACCCUGAGUGAUCAGUAUAUGGACUCAUUAAAAGAAGCAAUGACACUUCAUCAUAAAAAUAGUUAUUGAAAAUAAAGUUUAUUUAUAUUCAUAAACUGUCUUAAAAUCGAAAUGAACAUGUUUUACAGUAGAUAAUAUGCAAUAUAUUAAACAUAAAUGAUCAUUUAACAACUAAAAUACUCUGACUGUUACAGUACUUGCUUUAUGCAAAAAAGGUGUAGUAAUAAGUGUGUUAUGAAGUAUUGGUAGUGAGAUUUGAUGACUUGACAAGUUUUCAACAAAAAAAAUGACAGAUGUAAUAUAAGUCUCAGGUGUGUCCACAAUGUGUCAGCUCAAAAUACCCCAUUGAUCAUUUAUUAUAGCAUGUCCAAAAAGCCCAUAUUUGGGUGGGAGCAAAAUGCGCUGUUUUGUGUGUGUGUACCUUUAAAUGCAAAUGAGCUACUGCUCCUCACUCCCUUUCCAAAAGAGACAGUGAGAACUUUAAGUUAAAAUAGGUCUGAUUCCGGUGAAUCCAGCCUACAAUUCGCUAAGGCAGAAACUAUGGUAAUACAGGACUGUCACUCAGUGGCUAUGGGCGGGGCUUUAUCAAUGUGAUGUCACAUUGACAAGAGAAUCAAAACGGCUAAUGACCCUGCUUUGGUUUAAUGGGGAUUAAAAAAGAAGUAGGGUGGUUGUGUUCACACACUGCCAACACGCAUUUUUGUCCAAACACCUUGUAAAAGUGGAUUUUGUAUAAUAUGUGCCCUUUAAUAAACUUCUGUAACUUUAUACACUAAGACAAGAGAAAGUAUUGUAACAUACACAAAUAAAAACACUGUAUCAUACUGGUUCUGCUCUCCUAUAAGCUCUGU